AUGCAUUACUCCGCUCUUUUGGUUCCUGUCCUCGCGGUCCUGGCUGCUGCCGAGAGCACAACAGUCAUUGAAUACUUUGCCGCCACCAAGACUGUCCCUGGACUGAGCGUCAGCGUCUCCUCCUAUUCCAGCAUUGUCGGCACCGUCCUUGGUACCAAUUCGGCUGGAACCACCUACCGGGUCGGCUGUAUGAGCGGCGCUCCCAAGUCCGACUGUAGUAUCGACAAGCCGUUUACCAUGUUCGCCGGUCCCGACACCCUCAGCUAUUCCAAAACCUUGACAGCUGAAAUUGGAGGCUACACGGGCCUCGUUGGCGAGGAUGUUCAGUGCUCUUUCACUCACUCUACUGAGUCGGCUGUGUGUACCUUCAACAUGGAUGUUACGGUCUCUGUGGACGACACUACCACUUCCACCACGACUACCACUACCAUCAGCUAUCCUGAGAAGUCGGUCGUCUACGACAAGUUGACUGUGGUUGCAACCGCCACCGGUACUUCUGUAGCCUCUGGGACCGGCGCUAGCUCUACUGAUGCGGCUGCUGGCCUCCACAACAUUCGUGCUACCGCUGUUCCAUUGGGUGCUGCGGCUGCGAUUGCCGUGGCUGCGCUGUUCUAA